UGGGAUCCCAUUACUAAUCAGGAGAGGAGUGGACAGCCUUAUUCUCCACUUUACCUCAGUAUUUCAUUUUGGAUACAUGAACAAGGAUAUUUUUUGCAUUAUUUAAUCAGUGGUAGAAAGAUGCAGCUGCCAGUGGAAAUCUGUGUUUUCCUGCUGUCUCUGGUGGCUCCUUUGAUUCUCUACACUAUGAACACUGUUGUAAAAGAGCCUGUAAUGGUGUUAACAGUAGGAGCUGCUGUACUGUACAUUGUUCCGUACAUCAUAGCUUUCCUUGUUCUCAAUCUUCUCGCACUGCAGCACUGGGAAGACAUUGACCACUUAGUUUAUGUGUUCGCUGUGUUUUCUUUCACCUGUCUGGUGGGGCUGACCAACGCUCUAGAACAGGAUGGCUUCAUCUCUGGCUACAUGGGCUUCUACCUGAAGAAGGGGGAGCCACAUUUGACUGCAGCCUAUGCUAUAAUGAUGAAUUACUGGGAGGGUAUCAUUCACUUUCUUCUCUUCCUCCUCAUGAUUCAUCGCAUGUUCAAGGGGAAGUCCUAUCGCAGCAUGGCGCUGAUUUGGGCUGGGUCAUCCAUCGCCCACCAGAUUGUCUUCAUUACAGGAGUGGUCAUUGGUAAAUAUGGUUCAAACGUUGGUCCUGCCUUCUGGAGGAACCUCCCAUUCCUGCUGCUGUCCAUCUGGGGAGCUGCCCUGCUGUUCAGGAGCCCCAGAGAGCUGCCAACCAUUCAUGAAGACGAGGUUGCACUGGAGCAAAAGAGGAGUCUCCUCGGUCGUCCCGUUGACCUGAUCCUUUCUUUACUAUUGUUGGCAACCAUGGCCUUCUCUGUGUUCAGGGGCAUUGUGGUUCUAGACUGUCCUCUGGACACCUGCUUCACUUACAUCUACCAGUAUGAACCUUACCUCAAAGACCCAGUGGCUUUCCCUAGAAUCACGAUGCUGCUGUAUCUGUUCUAUGCUUUGCCUCUGCUGGCUGCGUUCGUAUAUGCCUUGUGGACGCCUGGCUGUACCUGGAUGCUGGACUGGACCAUGUUCAUUGCAGGAGCCAUAGCCCAGACGCAGUGGUGCCACAUUGGAGGCUCGUUACACUCACGUACCCCCUUCACGUACCGGAUUCCCACAGACCAGUGGUUGCCCGUCAUCAUUCUCAACGGGCUGUAUGUAGCCACGCCUAUCCUCUUAGCCAUCAGAUGCCGCGUCAGCCCUGCUUUCCUAAUGCCAACCGGACAAACCAACCAGGAGGACAAGGGAAAAACCAACCAGGAGAAGAAAAAUAACUAAACCAGUGUGACUACAAUUCCCAUCCAGCGUGGACUACCUUAGCUAUUAUUUGGGAAUUCUACCAAUAGACCAAAAGACUUAUUGUCCUGUCACACGUUAAGGACACUCUGCAGUCUUGCGCUGUAAGCCUGUAUGACACUACAACUCCCACCUUAUCCUCUUCAUUGGGGUAAAGUUCAGCCACGCGUCUGUUUCUUUGCAAUAUAAUUCACUACGAGGCAAACAAUGAAGGCCGAGAUAAUCAAACUGAGCCUAUGCCAAACCCUGCUCCAUCUCAUUUAUUGUUCAACACUUCUCUAUUGACUAUUGGACUAGAUAAAGCCUGUUUGUGGACAUAAGCCCAGGUUUAUCUAUCUGGCCAAUGAGUCAGUGAGAGUCCCCAUCAUGGCCCGAUACUAUAGUACUCAACUGGAUACUGUCUCAGACUAUGUUAAUGGAGAGCUCUGGUCUCUGACAGCAAUCGGCACUGCCUCAGUAGUCAUGGACUUAUUCAUUCACUCCACAAUGAGGUUUCAAGACCUUUCAGUUAAUAAGAAAAAGUAAAGCUCACAGAAGCUGGACGCAUUUCCACCGAGAAGAUAUCCGGGCUUGUUUAACAAGACUGGUUGUGAUUGGAGAGUCCGCCAUAGCAGACCAAGAGCAGGACCAAUGACUUUUGAAGAAUUGGCGUUUGUUUUUUCUUGGGUUUUUUUGCUAUCUCAUUUUGUCUGACAUUAUUGUUUUGACGUACCACCACUGCAUCCCUACUUUUGUUUUGUGAAGAAAACCAAGGUUUUCUUCACAAAACACGUUCGCCUUUUCUAAUACCACCAAGGAGGCACCACCUCUCUUCGACACCCAAAACGUGUGAACUUUGAAACAAAGUGGUCAACUCAACUGCUGUGAGGUAUUUCUCAGGGAUCCCUUUACCAUUCAGUAGAAAGGUAGGGUUUUCCACUCUGUCUGCUGAAUGGUAGACAGUGAAAAAGGUCACAGCUUUUCUUGUGACUUUUUGGUUUUCAUAUUUGAUGGCAUAUUUAGUUUCACAGAAAUGUAUAUUUAAAAAUUUUAUUUAAUCAAUUGUACAAAGAUGGAGCCAGUGCAAAUAUAUAUUCAACAUCCCAAUGUGUAAAGAGUAAGUUGUAUUAAUAUUACACCCAGUCAAAACACUGACACACAACUCUUCGUGUUUUUUUAUGAGGAUUAAAAUACCUUUAUAUUCGAGUCAACUAAAUGUUCCUCUGGAAUAUGAGACUACUGUCUUCACACGUAGAAAAUGUCCCUCUUCUACAGGCCAGUAGUUAAUAAUGGGGCACUUCACCCUGGAGGGACCUUCGAUGGUAUAUAUCACGUCUGAGAGGUUUCUAGGGCAGUGAGGUUUAUUUCACACAUAAUUGGCCAGGAGAAGCAACUUUUAUUUUUGGUGCGGAAAAAAGCACAGAGAAUUACGCUAUUGUGUGGAUUGAAGGGUGAGUUAGAUCUAAAAUAUGAAAGUAGGAAUGUUUCGUUUCGUUUCGCUAAGACUCAUGUUGUACCGAUCACACUAGUAAAGUACAUUUUAUUUGUAGUCACUGAUGUCCGUGAUUGAUAAAGCCAUAGGAUGUCUUUCAGAGAUGUACAUAUCAGCAGACACAGAACCAGUCAAAUGUGUGGACACACUUACUCAUUCAAGAGUAUAUCUUUAUUUGUAUGAUUUUUGCACAUUGUACAAUAAUAAAGAAGACAUCAAAACUAUAAAAUAACACUCACGGAAUCAUGUAUUAACCAUUUAAAAAAAAAAAAAAAUCCAAAUAUAUUUAUAUUUUUGAUUCUUUUAAGUAGCCAGCCUGGAAUGCGUUUCAGUUAACAGGUGUGCCUUGUCAAGAUUUUUCCUUUUUCUAAAAGACUGUUUAAGGUGACAUGAGCCAAUGUAAUUCUUCAUCACUGUCCUCAGUGCAAAACUAGAACAACAUUGGCUUGUGGUUUUGUAGUAUAUAGUAGUGUUAC